AUGCACUGGAGCCGUCUAACGAUUUUAAUGGCGACAGUUAUGAUAGACACGGAGUGUAUGAGUGAUUCGUCAUCGUCAUCCGAAGAUUAUGAGCCCUCACUAUUCAGCGAGUUGGACGAUGGCAGUAUAUCAGAUUUAGAAGACUUACUUAAAGCAAAGUUGAAACUCAAAAAUAUGUUAUUUAAAAUGGAUAAAAAAUACCUGAUUCAAAAGCUUCGUGACGAACUAAGUGAAGAAGAAAAAAAUGAAGUAAAGUAUUUCGAGAGUAUACUGAAAAAUGUGAAAUCUAUUACAAAAAGUCAA